UGUCAGGGUGAUGGGGUGAGCAGCAGGAGCUGGUGGAUGGAAGCCUACAAGACUGAGAAGCCCUUCUCAUCCUUCUCCCGAUGGUCUUCAGGGCUGUUCAGCUUUUUUUUGCUGUGAAUUGGGCUGGGAGAUUUUACCCUCAGCCCCUCAGAUUCCCACCUGCAAACUGCCACCGCCGUUCCAAAGCCCUCCGCUCCAGGAGCCAAGCUGAUUUUCCCAGGAGCCCUGAGGCCAACGGAGCAGGACCUGACGGUGUUAGCCGGCGGCAGGUGGCAGCUGCACCGAUGCCAUCAGGUUAUCUAUCGCCAGUCCCCUGCCUGCCACUGGCAUAAGUGUGGGGAGCCAUUUUAAGUCCCUGCUAUUUUCUAUUACUUUCCAAGGACAUUGGGUUUAUUUUUCAGUGGCUCAGUCUUGGGCAGAAUUGGGUGAAAUGCAUCAAAGCAACAGAGAAUGUUGCAAACGUCAUGAAAAAAUGUUUGCAAAAUGGGAUUUUCCUCAAUUUCUGCAAACUCUGCAAAUCCCGCUCGGCUCCUGAUCCCAAGCCCAUGUGCCCGGGGAGCUGCCCCGGGGAAGCCACCCAGGCUGCGGCCGUCCUUCAGCCGCAGCCACGGCGGCGCUGCCGGGCAGAGCCGCGCUGCAGGCUGCUGUCGCCCAGGGCGGGCGCUGGGAUCCGGGGGGACGAGCGGAUGCCCCCGGAGGGGACUUCGCCCCAGCUAAACCCCAGGGCACUGGGGCGGUGGGGGGAUCCUGGCCGGGCUCGGGGCUGGGAGGCACUCGCAGCAGGGAGGGGAGCGGGACCGGGAGCGUCACCUUGGCUCAGAGCUGCACCCAGCCGCAAGCACGGGGGGAUGCACCGGCCCCCAGUCGAGCGGCGCAUCCUCUGGGGCUGCCCAAGGACUCACGUGUCUCCUGGUGAACACGGCCCCGCCAGCGCUGAGGGGCACAGCAGCAUCAGCUUGCAGCAGACCAGGGGUGCACUCGGGAACGUGCCCCCCUCUCAGCCGCGGCCUCUGGCAGAUGGACGCCCCGGCCACCCCCAGGCAGCCGGCGGAGGGAGAACUCGACCAUCAGAGCUGGUCCCACCGCUCCCGGCACGACCCGCAGCCAAACCCACGUGCACCGGCAGAGAUGAUUGGACCAUCACAUCGGAUUAGGUCCUCUGCUCCUCAGACUGACAUCUAAGAUUAUUUGUAAUUAGGAUUAAAAGACGAAGUAAGAGAAGAAACAGAAUUGAAAAUGGGCUUUCGGUAAUUAAGAGCACUGCUUUCUCUGCCGUCGCGGGGCCGGGCCUCCACCAGUGCCCAUGCAUGGCUCCGUUGUUGGUG